UAGAAGGAGAAAAAAAGUUCAUUAUUAUAGCCUACGUAACACUGAAAAGUAGCUUGAUAAAAUAAAAGUUAAACAAUCAAUACAAGUGCAAGCGGUGUCCUCGUAGGAAAUGUCAGUGUCAAUGUCAAGAUAAACACUGAAGUGCCAAUUACAUCCACACUUUGUCAGGCCUGAAUUGCCAAUUACAUCCACACUUUGUCAGGCUUGAAGUGCCAAUUACAUCCACACUUUAUCAGGCGUGAUAUCAGAACACCUUUCUGGCUCUAUGAUAAAGUUCCAUUUAGUAUGACUUAAAAAAGUUUGAGCGUGAUGCGUGAAUAGGAAACGAUUAUCAGGCCCGACAUCGGGACUGACUUCGGGCCCGAUAUCGGGAUCGGUGUGUAUGUAAUUGCCACUGUUCGCGUCAAAACGCAGCAGCCAUUAUCGUCGUCACAAUAGCAGUAACAAAGAAACGUCAAAUGUGUAUAUAGUGAGUACAUAACUUUUAGUGAUUUUUCUAAAACUGAAAAUGAGUUUUUAUAGUAUGUAUCGUUGGUGUAUAGUGCCAAAUUGUAAUAACUCAACAUCGAAGACCCCAGAAAAGUUAUUUAUCAAAGUUCCGAACGACAUUUAUAUGAGAAAUGUUUGGUUAGAACUCUCGGGACGAGAUCCAACAACACUCUCUACAAAAUCUAUUCUAUACCUCUGCGAGGAUCACUUUGAUCUAGAACAACACAUGGAAAACUACAUGCAGUAUAAGAUAAUGGGAUCAGUAAAAAAGAUCAGAAUGAAACCAAACGCCAUACCAUCUAAGUUUAGUCACAGUAUACAGAUUGUGAGGCCAGCAGAGAGCACCGCAACAAGUACAUGCCUCAUAUCACCAACAUCAUACCCAGUCCAGGGCACAGGGCGGGGUUAUGUCCCCCAUGACCCCCCCUCUGGAUCCAUCUAUGAGGUGGAGACAAGUGCUGACACUGCCAGCGUGUCGCCGGUGCAUGUGAAGAAGGAGCCUGAGUGUACACCGGAUCCGUGUGAACUGCCCCUUGUUAAAGAGGAAGCAGAAUUCGUGGAUGAAGAGGUGUGUGUGAAGGAGGAGGAGUGGUCGGACAGCGGCGACGGGCGCGGCGUGAGCGAGGCAGCCAUGCUGGCCGGCCUGUACAGCGGGCACGAGGUCAAGGACGAGCUCGUGCUGGGGCCGGAGCGCCCGCACCGCCCCACAGUUGCCGGGGUGACAGCGUCCGCUCUCGUCUCCUCUGCGGCGGCGGGUCGGGGCCGCUCGUGCUCGGUCAGGCUGGAGCGCCUCCUGGUAGACUCGGCGCGGCGCGGCGGCCGGGUCGCGCGCCGCACAUACAAGCUGCGCAAGCCCGCACCCACACUCAAGGUCACCACCACCAUCUAUCAAUGUCACCAUUGCGGCAAACAGUUCAGGAACAAGUCCGUUCUGAACAAACACGUACACACUCACUCACCUUUACAUGAUUCUACCGGAGACUAUUUAGAACAUCAUCAAAUGCUACCCGACGAUAAAAAGCCGUAUAAAUACAGCGAUAAUAAAAACACGAGUAAUCUUAAGACAAAAGUCAAGUGUAAUAAGAAAUCAGAUUUACAAGAUUACCUGAUGAUUCACACUGACGAUAAGCCAUUUCAGUGUAGGUUCUGUGACCACAGGAGCCGUCGCAAAGGAUACUUACGUAUUCAUGAGAUGACACACGGUAAAACGCCUUUUAAAUGUGAUCAUUGUGAUAAAAAGUGCUUAACGAAAGCAUCGUUACGGAAUCACCUUAUGAUACACACUGGCGAGAAGCCCUUCAAGUGUAGAUACUGUGACUACAAGAGCCGUCAUCAAGCAAACUUACGAUCUCACGAGAUGACACACACUGACACGAAGCCUUACAAGUGUAGGUAUUGCGAUCACAGGAGCCGUCAGAAAGCACACCUACAAACUCACGAGAUGACACACACUGGUAAAGCACCUUUUAAAUGUCACCACUGUGAUAAAAAGUGCAUAACGAAAGCUUCGUUUCGGACUCAUCUUAUGAUACACACUGGUGAGAAACCUUACAAGUGUAGAUACUGUGAAUAUAGCAGUCGUCAGAAAGUAACCUUACGAGUUCACGAGAUUAAACAUGCAAGUGAAACCCCUUUUAAAUGUAACUACUGCGAUUACAAGUGCAAACGAAAAAGUGCCUUACUGGCUCAUGAAAUGACACAUACAGAUGAAUACCCCUUUAUAUGUAACUAUUGCGAUUGCAAGUUCAAACGGAAACCUGAGAAAAAGAUUCAUAUGAUGUUACAUACAGGUGAAUACCCCUUCAUAUGUGACUAUUGUGAUCGCAAGUUCAAACGGAAAUUCGAUAUAAAGUUUCAUAUUAUGUUGCACACAGGUGAAAACCCCUUUAAGUGUAACUACUGCGAUUACAAGUGCAAACGGAAUACAGAAUUACGGAUUCAUGAGAUGAGACACACAGGUGAAAAACCCUUUAAGUGCAACUACUGCGAUUACAAAUGCAUACGGAAAGGAGACAUACGGAUUCAUGAGAUGAAACAUACAGGCGAAAAACCCUUUAAAUGUAACAUCUGUGAUUAUAAGUGUAAACGCAAUGGUGAAUUACGGGCCCAUCAGAUAAUACAUAGAGGUGAAAAACCCUUUAAAUGUAACUACUGCAAUUACGAAUGCAAACGAAAAGGUGACUUACUUGCUCAUAAGAUGACUCAUUCAGAUGAAUACCCCUUUAUAUGUAACUAUUGUAAUCACAAAUUCAAACGGAAACUUGAGAUAAAGAGGCAUAUGAUAGUACAUACCGCUGAGGAAUGAUCGAUACAAAAAUAUUAAAUAUAUUUUCUGUCGAUAUAUCAACAUACAUGUGGUAUAUUAUUAAAAUGUAUGAUAUUAUUUAAUUUAAUUAUCUUUUGGUAUACCACUUAUUUGUGAUAACGAUCAUGUAAUAUAAGCAUCAUUUAAUAUACUAGUUGUAUUAUAUAAGUAUUAUUCGGUAUAAAAUAGCCAUUUCAAAGGACCACAUAUGUAAAUGUUCAACGCCUGAUACUGUUUAUACAGCAAAGACGUUCAUAUUAACAAAUAUCGUGCUGUUUUAAAAUUUUAUGUAGGUGGGUCA